AUGGCGCCAGGCUUGUUAUCUCUGCCGCCUGAAAUCAUUAUCGAGAUUCUCGUACAGCUUUCCUACCUCUCGCUCUUCGCUACCGUCUGCACAUGCCGGACCCUCCGCGCCAUCAUAACCACCUCACCACGUGUACAAUACGCACUCCAAGCCUCUCUUGCAGCAGUCACUCCCGCCGACGAGUCGCCCACCCUCGAUCACGUCGCUUCGCGUCUCCGAGCUUUGCGCACACGCGAGAAGAAUUGGUCCAAGCUACACUUCACAGGGACGACCGAAUCACAUGUCGGGCAUCGCACAAGCGGUAUAUAUGAUCUCACCGCCGGCGUCUACCUUCUGGGAGAGUCCGGGUGGAGCGACGGAGACUCCGCAACUACCACUAAGGCUAUACACUAUGUCCGGUUGCCUAGCAAGCCGACGCCGAGCGAGGAAGUUCAGUGGAAGAGGAUUGACGUCGGGGAGGAAAUUAUCGAUGUCGGGCUCAACGUCGUUGAACAUGACUUGAUCGUGAUUGCUACUCGUGCUCUCGAUACGACAUCGCCUUCGGCAAUCCAUCAUACUCAAUCUGGCACGCCCAACUUUUGGGUCCUCCGAUUGCAUCUCUUGAGCUUGUCCACUGGCGCAUCCCACCCUCUGGCCCGUCAGCCCGUCCUCUACCUCGGUCGCGCUGGUGCAGGAAAUCACAGAAUCCGGAUCGAGAUCAUCGGACAGCUGAUCAUCUUACUUAUUCUACAUCCUCCGGAUCGCGAAGGCGACGAGAUGGUCGUGUACGAUUGGUUUACGGGAGAUCUCCUCAUGAGGGCGGACGCAGGCCGGGGGAUUUACACAGGCUUCACCCUACUAACGCACGAUACGAUCGUGCUGCCCAAUCAUAGAGCCAACUGUCUCGAUAUCGUAUGUAUGCCCUGGCUCUCCCCGGCUCCGGAUUGGACGUCCAACCAUGCCCCGAUCGAACCAAUACAAGAAAUAAAGCCGAUCCUCUCAUUGGAGCUCCCGCCUCUGCAGCCGGGCGUGCGACUCGUCCGGUCAACUUGCAGAGGGGAGCCGAAUCCCCACGCGCCCCGCCAGCCGCUGCAUCCUUCGUCUGCCGAAAACGCCAUUGUCAUAUUCAAACUCUUCUUCCAGGACCGGACGAUACGGACCCGUGGUCCGUACGGCAUACCCUUGGCCGGGCCUGUAAUGGCCUUCGCAUUUGUAGUCCAUCGGCGCGCGCUGUGCGAACUAAUGCACUUGGCCACUGGCCGCGAACACACCGGAGCCGCACCUGAUCACCCAUCUGUUCCAUGGAGCAUCUGGGGUCCGCAACGCACUCGCUGGUUUGAGGGGGAAGAUAUCCCUGGUCACUGGAUCGCAACCACUUGCGGUCAGAGAUACGUAAAUAUACCCGAGGACAGAGAGCCGGACGAGAGGGCGUGCAUAUACGUGUCUGAUUUCAACCCGCUGACGGUGAAGCGAUUCAUAUGGGAGACAGAGAAGCGGGUAAGAGAACUAGCAAAUCGAACCCGAGCCGUGACCGAGCGGAACGUGCUGCAUGCUGCAAGCGUCUGGAAAUGUCCAAUCGUGAGCUUGCUGCCAUAUGUUUACGUAGCAAGUAGAGAGCAGUACGAGUAUCAGAGUAUCCUCGUCGACGAGGGUCGUGUUAUUGGAAUGAAGGUGAGCGAUUGA